AUGGAGAAUUCACUUCAAGAAUUGGUAACCGAUAAAGUGGUAGAGCAAUUCUUUCUAUCACUACCGAACGAUGGUCUUGAGCAUAUCUUCGAUGCAAUAACUCAGUCAUUGAAGAUGUAUACAGACGAUCCUACCGUUGUACCACCUAGGAUAAUUAAGGAUAUUGAAACUAAUAAUGGUAACCAUGUCACUCAUAUAAUUAUGCCAGUUAUUGCUAAUGCUUACGUUGGUGUGAAAACCUUAUUUGGCAGCCCAGAUGGUCUGCAAGGUUCAAUUACGAUUACUGAUCCACACACAGGUAAAUUCUUGGCUGUCUUUGAGGCAAAAGAAAUGACAGCUAUUCGAACUGCUAUUGUUAGUUGUAUUCCUCUGAAUCAUAGAUUUCUACACUCCGAAAAUGAAAAUAAACUGAGAACAAAUGGGGUAAUUAAUAUUGUGAUUUUUGGCACUGGAUUACAAGCUAGGUGGCAUGCCUUGAUCUGUUUGAAGGUAUUAUUAUCAAUUUUUAGUUCCUCACAUCAUAAAACCAUUGAUAUUACAUUCUUUUAUCAUACCAAGAAAUUGAAUGAGGAAGAAUUUAAGAAGAGAAUGUCAAAGGCCAUGUAUUCAAUGACUGGUUCGCCUUCUACUUCGAUUAAUAUUAAUAUCAAUCAAGUUAAAUUAGAAGAUAAAAAAGCCGUUUGUUCACAUGUUAAGAAAAGUAAUAUCAUAUUUGGAUGUAUUCCAUCAUUGGAACCACAUCUAUUAUUUCAAGAUUUAAACGCAGCCGAUGCAUUCGAGGGUAGUAAUGCAGAGAUAUGCAAGGAAACAUAUAUUUCAUUGAUUGGUAGUUAUAGACCAAGUAUGCAUGAAUGUGAUAAUGAAUUAAUUCAAGAAUUUCAAAAACAAGGUGUUAAGAUUAUCGUUGAUUCCAAAGAACAUACACUUGCAGAAGCUGGAGAAUUAAUUAGCAACGAUGUUCAGCCUAACGAAUUAAAAGAAUACGGAACGGUAUUUAGUCGCAAAGAGCAAGAUGAUUCAAAAUCUAUGAUAAAACUGGGAAAUGGACGUGAAGUUACUCUUCAUAAAAUUGUCGGUUUGGCUGUGAUGGAUGUUGCCCUUGCUGCAGUUACAAAAGAAUAUUUGACUGACCAAAACUAUAUGCGUUAA